AUGGCGAGAAAAUAUUUAGUUACAUGCAACAAACCUAUGACUUUGACUUUUCCUGACCAAAAUACAGAAGCGAAGUACAGGAACAAAACGUAUAUUGGAAAGCAUAUCAGUACAAAGAUGGUUGGAGAAGACAAACGUGAAGACAUCACUUGCCUCUACAAACAUGCUGAAGGAUCUGCAGAAGAAAGAGCAGCAUUCCAAAAUGCUCACAGUUUUGGCCAGGGUUCAGGACUGAGAAAAGCCCUUUUAAACAAAGAUGAGGAGGAUGGAAAUGAUUUUGAAAUUGGUAUAUAUUGUGUUGCAUUAGAUUUCAUUGCAUUACAAUUCAUUUAAAUGCCUUGUCUUGCAGUUGUAUUGCAUUUUAUUUCAUAAUUAUAAUGUUCGUGAUUUUGUAUCGAUAUCAAACACUUAAAUUAUAACAAUAGAUACCAAACAACUUCUACAAACAGCAUAGAACGUAUCGAAUUACUUUUCUGGUCCCCUAGCCUCGUGCUUCUAAACAUACUCUAACUUUCUAGCCACGUGCGUGCUAAUGUCAAUAAUGUCAACAUAUUGCAUCAAUAUAAACUCUAGUACCGACUAUAACAAAAUAUGCAUAUAAUGUUUAAACUGUAUCUGAAUUUGAAUUUUCGCGCCAAUGUGCCAAAAUAAACACGUUAUUUAGUGGCAGUUUUUAAUUACCUAUAAAUUUAAAGUGAACGUCCUGAAACCUGCACUCCUUUAACCAGGAAUUCUCUUGAGGUGCUGUCAUGAUAACCAAUUUAUUGUGAAGUAACAAAUGAGAGUUGUGCAUGUAGUUAACUUAAGGUUAUACAGGACACCCUUUUUGGCGUUUUGUGGAAAAUCGCUAGUGCCCGCUCAAAAUCAGUCCGAUUUUCAUCAAAUUUUCACCAAAUGUUAGCCAGUGCAUGCAAAAUAUGAUAAAGUUGUAAAAUUGACAAACAAUAAAAUAAUGUAAGAAUUAUUCAGGAAAAUCUUAAGUCACGGUACCUUUACGCUUUUGAGUUAGGUUCCUGCUGGUUUUAAGAUAUAAUUAUGAAAAUAUCAUUUUUAUACAGUAAAAUAGUUGUUCUAAAAAAUUGUAACGAUUAGUACAAAAAAGAGUACAAUUAGUAUUAGAAAAUUGUGUUCGGAAAUUGUUAUUUAUUUCGUCAUUCCGCUGAUAUGGUGAUUUCUUUGACGACUGCAAUAUAUUUCUGAAUCGUUUGUGUGAAUUGCUCCUUGUUAUUAAAAUAUCCAAAAUUAGAACAAAGCCGAACACGAUUUUGAAACUGAUGUCUUUAGCUAUGUCCUGUGAAAAUGUGAGAAAAAUUCGUCAAACCCCGCAGGAGCACAACUCGUGGAGAAAAUUGAAUUUGAAUAUUACAUUUUCAAUGUUUUUCUUAUUGCAGCGAAAUGUAUUUUAUUAAAUAACUCCGCGAGUUUUCAACAUUUUUCGUCCAAACUUGGUCAGAUAGUAGAACUAGUCUAAUGCUUUCAUGGAAACCAAUAAAACAAUUUUAGGCAAAAUUAACACUCAAAGGUGUUCUGUAACCUUAACAUUCAUCAAACAAUUAACAAAAAAUUUUUGUAGUAAAUUUUUUUCUUCUAUAAGGCUUAUUCGUAAAGGGUCACUCACCAGAAUCAAUUACGCUCAAUUAACAUCAUUACAUGCCUUAAGCUGAAUGAAGCUUAAAGCUUCGGUCUAUUCUCUUUCCUAAGCAUCUCCUUCAGGCUUGCUUCUUAAACCUCAUUAUUCAUUGGGUAUUUAUGUUUUAUUCGUUUUAGUUAGGUCAUUGUGCAGUGAUAUAAAAAUUCCUUAAAAUAAUCUCAUCUUGCAUUUUAGAUCUAACUAUCAAGCCUGGAACAAUGAUCCAAAAUGGCACAGAUUUUACAUGUACAAUUCACCUUAGAAAUAUCUCACAUCAAACUUCGAUAGUCAAUGUCACUGUUGUCGUCACCACAAUAGAAUAUACCGGCAGGAUGAAAGCACUCGUUAAGAGAGUGAAGUUGGAAAAUAUAACUGUUUCUGCUGGAGAAAGUAUGUACUGUACAAGUUAAAGUACGUUAAAUGCACAGCGUCACCUGCUGAGCGAUGUGUUUUAAUCGGCGUAAAACUUGAAGAUCGGAAGUUCAGAAAAUUUUUAAAAUUACGAUUCAAACAAAUAACGAUAAAAUCGUGGAAAAAGUGGGAUGGGAUUUGCACCUCUACUCUACCCCAAGGCAUUUCAACAAACCAUAUGUUCCCCUUUUCCGUGGCCUCGCCCCUUUUACUUUAACGCCAACGUAAUUUUAAUUGCUGUAUCUUUUUAGAUGUGGAAAAAGAAAUUGCAGUGAGUGCCGAUGAAUACGUCAGCAAACUUUCAGAUCUUAAUUUCAUGAAAAUUGUCGCCAUUGCAAAAAUUCUGGAGACGAAGAAGCAGUUCAUAGAGGAAUGCAAAAUACAACUUUUUCAUGCUGAAUGUAUUGCUAUUCAGGUAUAAGAAUUGAGUAAUUAUGCCAACUAUAAUCUCAAGAAUAGACUAGGUAUAGAAUAACCAAAUGUACACUAGCUGCCAUAGCCGCAUAUAUAAGCGUAUCAGUAUACGCGGGUGCAUGGAAAAAUAUUAGGGGGAGCAGAAAGAAAUUUGCACGACUUAUUUUUUCCGUGUAAAAUUCCCAAAAUUCUUGUCGAUGGGGAAGGGGGAAAUAUAACUUCAAUCACAUUGCAACGUGCAACUCGCAAUGUUGAAAUGUUUUCUCAUUGAAUGGAUUGUGAAUGGUUUCCUAUUGAAUAUUUUUCUGUGUUCUUAUUGGCUGGCUCUUGGGGAAACAUUUUGCGCCAAACGGUUGCAUUUGCGGUUUUAUGCUAUUUACGACAACGAUCCUUGCAGGUUGCAUGCAUAAAAUAUAUAUUAUAUUGCUCAGUGCACGUAACACCAAGCAGGCGCUCUCUCCUCCGCAGAGGCUUUAGUUUUCUUAGGAUUUAAUAUUACGAUGAGAUACAUUUCACUACACUUUACAUGGAGGAUCUUGGAACACGAGCGUAGCCGCUGGGCGAAGGAGCGCAGGCGGCAAAGGGAAAGGCGAAGGAAGGCGCGAAGCAGGCGUUUAUUUGCUUGCGGAAAGCAAGGACGGCGAGAAAAAUGAACGUCUGCCGUAAUACCAUUGCGAAAAGCGUUUUCGUCCCUUUACAGUGAUUAACAUUUGCAAUUAGCGAUAAUAAACAGUUGAAAUAUCUGCAGGACUCGGCAAAACGUCUUCUCCACGCAGUAAAUGGACAAUUGACUUUCUCUGUCAUGAUUUUAUUAACAACUAUUUUUGAAGCCUAAACGACUUAUCAAGGAGAGCUUCUUCCAACACAUGUCAAUCUGAUCCACUUCACUGUUUUCUUAGUUCUUAGACCCAGUAAAAGCUGGUCAACCAACUCGUGUUGAAAUUACAUUCACCAACAAACUGAAUGUUCACAUGACCAACCUAACUUACUGUGUCAAUGGAAAAGGAUUGACAAGAACCAUUUGCCAACAAAGGUAUAAUUUUGUAACUAACAUACAAAUAUCCCAGAAGUAUGGUGAGAUUAAAUUACUUUUAAUUACAAUUUUAAAGAAUAAAAAGGUUUCAUAAAUGCACGUUUACACGUAGUCAUUGCCAAUAAGGUUGUCCAGAACAAGUAUAUGUAAGUAUAUAAAUAUCGAACACGUGACUAUCAUUAUAUGCGUCAACCAUAGGCGUACCGGGCGGGGGGGGGGCGGUAGCCCCCCCCAGUUUUUUGGGCAGUCGGGCAAUAUUCGAUCAACAGUCGGGCAAUUUUGGUGUAUAAUAAAAAUAAAAGGGACAAAUUCUGUCAAUUUAGUCGAAAUUUCAGUCAAUUUUGUGGUCAAUUAUGUCAUAUUUUGAAAAUUUGUGAUGUUCCGAAAAAUUUUGGUAUGUCCGGAAAAAUUUUUUACCGCUAAAAUGGUACACUGACCGAAAUUUUUUUGGCGAGGGGGGGGAGGUCGCCGAAAUAAUUUUUCCGGAAAAAAUUUUUUGGUACUAGUCGGGCACAAUCCCGAAAAGUCGGGCAAAUUUCUUUACGCCCCCCUGAUUUUUUCCUUCCGGUACGCCCAUGGCGUCAACUCGCGUGGGGUUUAACAUUGCGUGUUAGUUACUGGAACGAUUAAGUGUGGCGAAUUUGUAAAAUGCCAAGUCCGUAUUUGGAUAAUUUACGCUGGAAAUGUAUGCAGACAUGCAUAUUUCGCAACCUCGUCCCCAGGGCCUUUUAAAGAAAGAUGCGAAGGGCAGCAAAGGCCCUGGUAAAGGCUGGUGAAAUAAUCCACAAAUUGUGGAUUAUUUUGUCACGUGAUAUAUCGGAGCAAAUACUAUACAGGGGGGUGCGAUCGCGGAUCGCUUUAGCUACAAUAUAUUCGUCAAUAUAAUGCAUAAACACCGAAAUCGACAAAUAAAGAACAAAAAUCUAUUUUAAAAUGAAAAAAUCUGUUAAAGUUCUUCCAAAAGUAUUGAAUAAAUUUGAAAUUGUCUUCAAAUUAGCUCUGAGAACCUUGGUUGAACUGUAAAGGAGAUCUAUUAAAUAGACAAAGCAACAGUGCAAAACGAAUGGAUCGAUAGAAGUAUUUACUAUGAAUUUAAUACUGUCGCAAGGAAAUUGCUGCCUCGAUUGUGAAACAGAUAUGUAAAAUCACUUUAAUUUAAUAAUAUGGACUCUCAAUACACCAUAUCCAUGAUCAUCAAAACAUUUAAUAGUUAUUGUUGCUACAAUAGAUCUUUCUUGCAAAUGUCAAUAUCAUACAGUAUAUUUAACAGUUAAAGGGGUGCAAGACCCAAAGAAUGUCUGAAAAACAAAGAAUGUCAACAUCGUAUGCACUUGGAAUUUAAAUGCUUAUGUUAGCCAUAUGCCCUGAGUAUAACCUGGUUGACCUCCAUGGUUAAUUAACAUUUCCUGAAUUUAAUUGAGUUGAAAUAUUUUAUUUGAUUUUCAUUCUUAUCCCAAGAACAUUGUGAACACACAUAUAAUGCUUUGGGUUUAGAUUUCAAAGGCCAAGCUUCAAAACAAAUGUUGUGAUCUUAAUGAUCAGGCAUUCCCAAACAAUUACAUGCAUGAGGGUCAAAUCAGACAGAAAGCCUCCAUAUGCUUUAUCAAGGCUGAAUAAUAUAAUGAGAUGGAAUUAAUUUCCUCAUUAUACUGUUAACAAGCUCUUGUUUUUGUUUGUAAUCAAUUACACAAAUUACUUCCCAGAACAUUAUUUAAGGAGAUUAUUUGACAAGUCAGCAGGUACAUUUCCUGAGCCACAAUUGGGGCAAUUCAGUGUCACUCAUCACAACAGGCGCUCAAAAUCACUCACAACAUACAACAGGCAGUUCAGCAUCACUCACCACAACUGACUGUUCAAUAAUGUGUACCUCAGUAGGCAAAUCAAUAAUCAAUAUUUUGCUCAGAUCAACAACAAAUAUCAAAAUUGAACUCAUUCUCAAAACAUGAUACAAUAACAAGGGGUCUCUUCUGGACAAAUACAAGACACCUGAUGUCAAAUGUAUCAAGUGACAAGAUUAUUCAUCUCUUUUAAUAUAAAUACAUUUUGCCGCCUUGUAAUAAAGUACUAUUUGUUGUUGGUGACCAUCAGUUGAGCAAUUUAAAACAUUCGCAGUGUAUGCUUUAUCAGACCUAAAGGUACUUCGCUUCACCUCGUAUCUUUAUACCUGAUAAAACUAUGGUACAUAAAAUAAUAACUAUGAUAUUUAGCCUGAAUAUUAUUAUAAAUGUAUGAAGGAUAUUAUACAUAUAUUCUUGAUGCUCAACAUUAUCCGAUAAUCAUUUAACAUGAAAUCCGAUAAUCAUUUAACUACUGAGAACUGUGUGAAUUCCUGAAUUACUUAUUGUUACAGACUGUACUGACCUCUUGCAAUUAUGGUUAUUAACCAAAAUCUGACAAUGUCUCUAGUUAACCCAUUGAGCUGCAAUGUGCCCCAGUGUGCCCUACUUACUGAAAUUGACUGAUUUGUGGUUUAUGGUUUUUUUUGUGGCAAUUCUUUGGGCAUCACAAGUGCAUUUGUAUAUCUUAAUACACUGUGAGAAUACAAGUAUUAGUAUUUAAAUGACACAAUAUGAUGUAAGUUACCUUUCAGGUAUAUAAUUUGUAUACAGCAUCAGUGGUGCAACUUAACUUUUUUGACCACUUGCCCUCAGGGCAAGUUGGACAUGAAAAUUGGUUGCCCUGAAUAAAAUCCACUUGCCAUCAGGCAAUGGGGUACCUACGCGGGCCAGUAUAAAUUAGAGAGACAACAUAUCCACUCAUUGGACUAGUGGCAUUGGCUAUAUGUUACUGCCUCAGAUCUAAACUACCUCAGAUCUAGCUUUGGCUCACAUAUUAAACAAAAUUUGAAUCAAGUACACUUGUUUAAUGUAACACUAAUCACCAUUAUUUAUUUUUUUAUUAGUUUUACAAUAAGAAAUUGAAGGCACAGACAACAGGACUAAUAAAGUCCCAAAUUAAGUCCUGCCAUAAAUGAAGUCCUGCCAUAUUUCGUUCGGUUAUCAUAUUAUGAAUAAACAUUUAAUAACCAAAAAGAGAAUCAAAUGCAUAAUAACCAAACAAUUUAGAUGAAUUUGAUGCAGAUGAUUUGCCAGCUUGAACCAAUAUCGUCGAACAGCCUUUAUUCUAUCCGACAAUAAUAAUAUGAACUGAAAGCUGGCCAGCUUUUUGUGGCAAAGCAACUUGCCCGUUCGGGCAACCAAGAGGAAACUUUUACUUGCCCAUCAUGAUAUUCACUUGCCCCGGGCAAGUGUUAAGUUACACCUCUGAGCAUAGUUGCCAUUUGGCAGCUGUUGGUCUGGUUGAAGUGCUCAGAUAAUUUGGGGAGACCCGUGGCAUGCUCUCUCAACAGUGAAGGUUCAAAAACACACAUGCCGGAAUGCUUAUAGAAUACCUCGCCAUUUUUCCGCAUUCAUUGACACAUAAAUAAGUACAAGAAUCACUUCAAAAUAGUUUAAGGUAAAGUUUAGAGAUUAAAUCAUAUGAGUAUGUUAGUUUGGUUUACAAGGAAUUAAUAGCGGUAAGGUGUGAAAGUUGUGGGUAUUCUAUAGUUGUAUCAAAAAAGUGAAAAACCAAGCUAACCACAAUAUAACGCUUGCCACAAUGUCAAAGAGCAUAGUUGCUGACUAAGAAACAUCUAUUAGACCAUGUGCAGUACUUGAGUCUUGUGAUAAUAUCAGUGAUAUUGCUUUUGUAUUAUACGAUAUACUGUAAACUUGCUGUUAACAUAUUAUAUUAUUAAUAUUCAUGGUUGUCAAAUAUCAUAAAAUCAACACACAAAAUUCACACACAAAGGUUUAAAAUAGUGUAUAUUGGUAUAAACGUUUAAUAAAAAUGCAUACAUACGUAACCCAUGGUCGGCAUGGAAUUUUGUCACUUGGCACAGUACUUUAAUGUUUUUAAUGUUUGUCCCACAUUAAAAUAUAUUGAGUCAAUGACAGUGCAACUGUUCAUAUUAAAACGUUCUAAUCACAUUUUACAUGCACAUUUGUAUUCAGUAGUAAUCUUUUCAUAAAGGUACAUCAAAGUCCCAAAUCAAAUCUUCACUGACAGUAGUGACAGUAUGUUAUUGACUCCCAAACGACAAAUAUUAUAAAACACGCUUCCAAGCUGAAAAGAAAUAUUUACUGUUGUCAGUCAAUUAGACUCUUCUCUUUGAAUCUUGAUCUUCCACAAGUAUUGCUGUUGAUUAUAUUCCAUAUUUUUUUGAAGAACAUCGCAGACUAUAUAUUUACAGUAUUUCCACUGUCAGUUGAAAAGUUUAUCAUCAUAGUUUCAGUCUCUGGUUUCAGUCGCAAAAGGUUAAUUCUAUCGCCCCUUUGCACGGCCAUGUUUGAUAAAAUCAAAGCGGCCCGCACCCCCGGUUUGAAAAGUUAAAUUUCUGAAAUAUUCAAAAUUUGAAGCAUCACGUGACCAGCCUUUACCAGGGCCUUUGCUGCUUCGCCUCCUUCCUCAAUAGGCCCUGGGGACGAGGUUGCAUAUUUCGGCGGUAUGCAAUUUUCGGCGCACUACGCCUCGGCAGCGCAGCUUGGUAGACGUCUAUACCUACACGUACAUAUAUAUACGUGCAGCUUUGUACACGUACGAAAAUAUAGUCAAAUAAAUUUAGAGACGCUUGGUUUAAAUUUUUAUCACUUCCAACGUAAAUGUCUACAAGUUCAUGAAUAAAUUACAGCAAUACUUUCUAAAUAUUUUAGUGGUAGCCUUGGUGUUGGUCAAAAAGAACAAAUCAUAUUUAGGAUUAUACCAUUUAAACCUGGCAAACAUAGAUUGAAUGUUGAUAUCGACAGUGCAGAAGUGAAAGAUUUGAGAAGUUCCUUGGAAGUGGAAUGUCAGUAAGAAACAUAUUGUAUAAAUCACAAUCCUUGCAUUAGUCAGAUAUUUCUUAGUAAUAUAGCGAACAGUAUAAUUGACGUAAUAUGCAAUAUAAUAUUAUUCAGACAUGUUAGUAGUUUGAGAAAGUUCGAUGCAUGGUUUCUUGUAAAAAUUAAAAAUUCACGGUAAAAAUUCAAAAUAAAUGUUUAAUUAAUUAUAUGUAUGAGGUAUGUAUCCACUUUUAUGCAAAAUUCCCCAGAUUUGAAUGGUUUAAUAUCAGACAUACUAUACACACAACAAAUCUCUCUACAGGGUGUAUCAAAAUAAACGCAAUUCAUCUUUUGUGCUUAAUAACUUUCGAAAUACUAUUUCUAGUUAAACGCUUUUAGGCUUACUUCAAAGCCUGUUCUUUUCUCUUUCAAACAAACUAUUAUCCUUGUCUCCAAUGCUAGUAAUAAUUGCACAGGAAAAGAUUUAGUAAAAUCUAUCAUUUUUAGUUGCUGUUUAAUUAUGCUAUAGUUUACUAUGUUAUUGUUUAGUCGGUUUAAAUGUUAGAAUUUUCUUCUUUAAACUUUAAUGUUGUCGUCACUACAUCUGGAAAACUACGUAAGAACAAAUUAAAAGUAUUUUAAAAGGGACCAGGUUGUUUGAAAAUCCUAAACGAAUGCUAAAAAUCGUCAAAACAUUCUGGUGUCUGAGCCAGAGUGUCAUCGAAUUGCGAUGUAAUGUAAACAGAAAUUAUAGCAAGUUGAUGUCAGUCAGCUUAGAUGGUCCAAGCCAAAAUUAUAUCGCAUUUGAAGUUUCAAACUGAG